AUGCCCCCAAAACCUCCCCCAAAACUCAACAUCCCCCCAGGAACCACCACCGUCACCGUCUCCGCCAUCGACAGCACCCUCUGGCUCUCCGGCGUCCCCACAGAAUACUUCUACGACCCACCCAUCCCCGGCUUCGGGCGCGUACGCACAGGAUGCUGGUCUCUCCUAAUCGAACACCCCUCCGGCCGAAAACUCGUCUACGACCUAGGCAUGCGCAAGGACUGGUGGAACUGCGCUCCUGCGGUCGGGAUCAAAGAGUACCUCGCCAACGGCACGCUGGAAUCUCUCGAUGUGAAGAAGAAUGUGAGCGAGAUUUUGAGUGAGGGGGGCGUGGAUUUGGGGAGUGUGGAGGGGGUGAUUUGGAGUCAUUUUCAUUUCGAUCAUACGGGGGAUGUCUCGACUUUUCCGGGGAGUACGAAGUUGAUUAUGGGCGAGGGUGGGAAGGAGGCUUUUAUGCCGGGGUAUCCCACCGAUCCCGAGGCGCAGACUCUUGAUAGUGAUUUUGAGGGACGGGAGGUGGUGGAGGUGGAUUUCAGAAAUGCAGAUUUGAAAAUCGGUGGUUUCAGGGCGUAUGACUACUUCGGCGAUGGAAGUUUUUACCUCUUGGACUCACCAGGCCACACGAUCGCUCACGUCAACGCACUCGCCAGAACGAAGGUCGAUGCUCCGGAGUAUGUGCACAUGUGUGGUGAUUCGGCGCAUCACUGCGGCGAGAUACGGCCGACCAUGUACAUGCCUUUGCCCGAGAAUAUCGAUCCAUCGCCACUCCCGCACAUCCACGCUGGCCCAUGCCCUGGAGGUCUCUUUUCAAAAUUACUCAGGAAUGGUAGUCGAGAGGAUCAUGUUCUCGAGCUGAUCGAUCCAGGAGCGGGCACUUACAAGAAGCAGAAGUAUGCUCUCAUCUACGACAAUGAAAAAUUAAAGGAGACGGUCAGGGAGGUGGAAGGGUUCGACGCGAAUGAGGAUGUGUUGACCGUGUUGGCGCACGAUUGGACGCUGAAGGGGAUCAUUGACGAGUGGCCGAAGCAUUUGAACGGAUGGUCGGAGAAGAAGUGGAAGAAGGAGUCGAGGUGGAAGUUUUUGGAGGAUUUCCGACAUGCUGUCGCGGAUGGAUCGUGA